AUGGGCCAAAGCCUCAUCGACAGAAUCCAGGCCAAACUGGAGCUCUUCCGCCUCGAGCAGCGAUAUACCCGCCGUCGCAAUCGUCGAUCUACCUUCCAGUCGAAUGCAAUCUACGUUGACGGCGAAUACGUCUACCAAACGCCAAACACCACUGGCUCGUCCACAGAUUCCAGCAACGAUCAUGUAGACGCACUCCACGGUGAAAUGGUAUCGCCCGGCAAAAAUAUGCCCGUCACUACUUUCCCCCCCGAGCCCCGCCCGGAAAUCUCCAUGCCUGAACGCAAAAAGUUGAGCCGAUUCAGUUCCAUCCCCAGCCUCGGCAGUGUUUUCGGAUCCAAGGAAAGACCGCGAGUUGUCGAGCGACGCACCAGCAUGAUCAGAUGA